GUUGAUGCAAUCAGUCCUGCAGCGAUAACAUUCAGUUGUGGUGAAAAUUAGCUCAUAAUAGGACGAUAAUAUUUACCUAAGUAUAACAAAUGAAUACAAUACAACAAUGUCAGUAUUUAUAUAUUUAUUUAGUGUUUUAUUAGUAAACGUGCCACUGCCAUGUUUAGCUCAAACUAACGCUAAGUCCGUGCUAGCUCCGCUCCUAAAAGACUGCUACAGUGAUCCAUGGCUGGUCAAUAGAAACCACCUCCCUCCCAUGACGCUGUCUGUGCUUCUCGAUAUCGUAAGGACGAUUGAGGACCACCCUGGAACCAUAGGCGAUAUGCGACAGAUAUCUACAGGGAUCGUUCACUUGUUUCGCCAAGACGGCAUAGUGUACGCUCCCCUAGCGGCCAGCACUCAGAACAUCGUGCCCUACAGCCCCACUGGCUUUCCCGCUUACAAGAACCGGCUGCUGCUCACGAAGCUCAUACCGAACAAUCAGUUCAACCUGCACAAUGACAACAUUUCUCCGGAACAGAAGGUAAAUAGGGUUUUUUGA